GUUCACGUAAAGGUCAACACGUCAGCCUACCCAAUUUAUUCGGGCUCACCCGCUCCCACUCUUCAUGGCGAAAACUGGCCCCAGGUUCUCCUCCAAGCGCCCGACGUCAGGGCCGCGCCGAAAGGGGCCCAAAUUGCACCCAUCGUUACUCAAAAAUAUCUCUAGUAGUCGGAAAAAGCCUUUCAAGAGGAACAAGGAUGCUGAGCCCGACAUCCAUAACCUUUACGAGUAUGAGCCUUCGAAGGACAGACGUGCCAAUGUUGGACUAGCUCUUGAUAGAGAUGAGUUAGAAGGGGCUGCUGGUGGUCUGUCCGAUGGUGAUGGUUCUGAUAACGAGAUGAACAAUAUUCUUCAGCGUCUUGUAAAGAAUAUCCAGAGCGAUGCUGGCGUUGUUGAGGAUGAAUAUGACGAGGAUAUCGACUCUGAUGCAGCCAUCGAAGGGCAGAGCGAUGAGGAGGACUAUUUGAAUCCCACUUUUGAUCAAAUCUCUCCAAAGAAGAAGGGCACUGCAAAAUCAUCAAAACGUCUUCUUAAGCGUCGUGAGGUGACUCUGGAUGAAGAUGGAGGUGACGUAGAUGUGGCAGAAGAUGAGGACGGAGAGAAUGAGGAUGAGGACAGAAUUGGCACAAUUCCUCUGUCUAAAAUGCUUGACAAUGGUGAAGAGGAAGAGGAGGACGAAUUGGAAGAGAGGCCUGAAGCUGCCCCUCUACCCAGAGUGCUUGACGAUGCCAAUAGGGAGGGCUCUGAAGAAGGCCUCAGCGAUGAUGAUGUGGACGAAGAUAGCGAGGACGGGUCGAUGGAAGACGAGGACCGCCUUCUUGAUGAGGAUGCGGAGUCUUCGGAGGCGGCUGUGUCUAAGCUCGAUGCUUUUAUCGAUGGUCUUUCGGACAAAAAGAGGAAAGCAGACUUCGACCCUUCCAAAAGAGCUAGACGCCGAAUUUUGCCUGAACGUACCGAACGCGGGGGUGAGGGGCAUUCGUCGCAACCGGAAAAGGACCCUACAGACAAAAUCGACCUCAGCGACCUCCUCGAUGGCCCUUCUCACAAUACCUCCUUGGGAAAAUCUGCCAAGCUUCUUCAAUCCCAAAAUAUCAAUGCUUAUGUUGCACCGUUGCACAAGCGGCAGCAGAACCGCGUGGACCGCCAGGCUGCCUAUGAGGCGACGAAAACAAGAGCCGAGCACUUGUCCUUCCCUCUCCAAAAACCUCCUGCGGCGCGCCGCACGGUUGCGAAUAUCAACUCAACAUUUACGCCGAGUAAUGGGAUGGAAUCCGCUGUCGAUAAACUCCUUAGGGAUGCUGAAUUGCUGGAAAGCAAAGAAUCUAAAGACGCACCGGCCAAGAAGGUUACUAUGAAGGAGGUUGUUGCAUGGCGGUCGAGACUUCGACAUGAUCGUGAAACCAUGUUCCGUGCCGAGGCCAAAUUGAAGCGGAUGGCUAAGAUUAAGUCCAAAAUCUACCGCAAGAUUCAACGGAGACGGAAAGAAGGGGAAGCUCUGACUUUAGAGGAGAUGGAGGCGUUGAAUCCGGAAGUGGCGGAAGCUGAACGGAUGAGGAUGGAACUAGAAAGGGCAAAGGAACGGGCAACGUUGCGACAUCGGAAUACGGGCAAGUGGGCGAAGAGGCUUGCUUCCCGGGGUGUAGAUCUGGACCAAAGUGAGAGGCAUCAAUUGCUGGAGCAACUCGACAAGGGCGAGAAGUUGCGCAAGAGGAUUUUAGGGAAGAAAGGGAGCGAUGAUGAUUCCGACGACGAUGGCGACGAUGAGGAGGAUAUUGAUGCCAUUCGAGAGAAGGCGUUCGAUGAAUUGAAGACCCUCGAGGACGACCAGAAAGCCGCCGACGCUGACGGGUCGUCUAAGCAAGGUUUGAUGGGGAUGAAGUUCAUGCAAAAAGCUGAGGAAGAGGUUCGCUCCGCGAUGCGCACACAAAUAGACGAUUUUCGGGAGGAAAUGCUUCGUCUUGGGGUGGGAGUAGAUGAAUCUGGUGAGCUUUCACAUCACCAGGAACAAGACGCCUUAGCCAUGGAGAAGGUUGGUGGCAACGCUGGACGGAUGAUUUUCCGCCCUAUGGCUCCUUCGACGCCUGAUGAAGAUGGUCCAUCGAAUGAGACUGGUGCAACGGGCCUAGUCAAUGGGGCCUCGAUAAUGGAUCCUCCCCCUUCCCGGCCCGAUACAUGGGUAUCAUCGGUCUCAUAUUCAGAACCCGUUCCUAACGUGCAGAAUCCUUGGCUCGCGUCUCUGGAGCCUUCUUCCUCGAAAAUCACCCGGAAACGCAACGAGGUGGUUCUUUCUAAGGAUAGUUCCGCGGAAGUGAAGUCGAUUGCGGCUACGAAGAAACACAAGACUAAAAUGGCCGAUGCUCGUGCUCAAGCAGAGGAGGAUGCCAUAGUCGAAAUCUCAUUGGAUGCAUCGGACAUGAUCAGGAGCGAAGCACCACCCAAAAGUUCCGUGGGGGAGGGCGAGAAAGACGAAGCGCAACCUGAGGCUUCGUCAACGAACUCGAUGGCAAAGGUUGAUUCGGCGUUCCAAGAUGACGGUGAAGAAGACGAAGAAAGACCCUCGAGAGGCAAAGCUUUUGAACAGAGGGAUCUUGUAGCGAUGGCCUUUGCGGGAGAUAACGUUGUCGAGCAAUUCAAGGAGGUGAAGCAGAGUGUAAUAGAAGAAGAUGCACCGAAACAGGUUGAUACUUCGCUCCCUGGAUGGGGUGCAUGGGCUGGAGCCGGGAUGAAGCUAAAGGCCCCGCAUCCGAGAUUCAUCAAGACGAUUCCUGGCGUAAAUCCUGAAUCUCGAAAGGAUGCUGGGAAGGACUUCGUCAUCAUUUCAGAGAAGCGAGAUUUCAAAGCACGCAAGUAUCAGAUCAAGGAGUUGCCUUUCCCUUACACAGGAGAUGGGCAGCUGAAGCAGUUACUCGACACUCCACUUGGACGGGAAUGGAACACUCAAACAUUUGUCAAAAAGGCCACGAGGCCGAGAAUAUACACUAAGCCCGGCGAAGUUAUUGAACCCCUCAAGAAAAUGUGAUGAUCUUUCGCAUCCCGCAUGGUUGCACGUACAGUACAUCUUUAUGGUGAUAAUUCUUUGCAUGCAUUCAUACCCCGCCCAAUUCUACAUUUAUUCUACUACCACGUUUGUGCCACUGUGGAAGGCAACGUUACUACAUAUUGGUUGAGGCGCCAAUUGAUGUACAAAUGCAAGAUGCAAAUAGCAGUAUGGCCGGAUCAGAUGUCUUGAG